UUAGACUGUAGAACCCCAUUUUUCUGAGCCUCCAUUAUUUGCCUCCUUAUAUUAACUGAACCAGAGGUGCCCAAGCCCCAGUCAUUGUCAGCCCCGGGCAGCUGGUGGCUCUGUUAAUAUGAAGAGAUGGAUAAUGGAGGCUCGGAUAAAUGGGGUUCUGGUAUAAAUAGACAUGAUGUGUAUGUAUAAAUAUACACAUAUACAUAAACACAGACGUUUAUUUUUUACAAAAUGUAAAAAUGAAAGAUUCUCUGUAAAAAUGCAAAUUCCACUUUUUCCAUGGCAAAUGGAUUUCUAGAGUCUCUGGUUAUUAGAAAUAGGAAUAUAUAACUUAAUUGUUUUCUCACUUAUUUAUAGAUAAAUAUUCUAAAUUGAGGGACUGAAAUGGGAGUAAAAUAUGUAAUCUUUCAUCUGUAAAUUCUGUCUGAACACAUCUGAGCAAGCUCAUGGAUGAAGGUUGUUGGUUUAUGAUUGCUGUUCAUUGGUCUCUGAAGUAAUUUGGUGGUUAUUCCAUUUUUCCGUGAAGCAUCCACAUUAUGAUUUUUACUGAUUUGGAAUCCUUGUCAGUCUUGGCAGACAGCUGGACCUGCAGACUGACCUAUCGCUGCACCAUUAGAAGUAUUAAAGGCCAUUGCACUGCUGCUGUCUGGAUUGUAUAUCUUCUGGGCAUAAAGAGAGGCCAAUCUGACACUUCACAAGAGCAUUCAAUUCACAUUAAAUUUGAAUUUGACAAUUUAGAUUUUUUUUUAAUGUGGUCUGAAUUUUAAAUCUGCAGUUGAAAUUAAUGUAUGGCUAAUUAAAUUAUAUAGCACUUAAAUCAUUCUCAUUUGCUAAAUUAUAACGUUUGUGGCACUUAAAUGAAGACGAGGGCUCAGAGUACUAGUUGUUUUGUAUUUUACUUGUAGAUAGAAUCUCCAAAACAAAACAUAAACUUUCCCACAAUCUUGGUAAGCUACUUAGUAGAAUGUCUUAACGAUACAAAGAGGUUCUAAAACUAGUGGCUGGUGUGAAGGAGUGUGUGAAGAAUUUGGAGAUGAUAGACACCCUUAUGCAGUGUCACUUAAUUUAUAUUCUAGAAUGCAAUUGUGAAAUAUCACCGUAAACAUCUUAAAAUGUACUUUUGGCGUAUUCUUAAACAGAAAUGCUUUACUUCUAGCUGUGAAUUCCAUCAGAAGAUUGUUAUAAGCAACCAAAUCAACCUAUUUCCACAAAUUAAAAAAUGGGUGGAUUAGUUUCCCGAUGGAGGCAGGCAAAGGCUUCAACAGUAGAAGUGUUGGAGAAAAUUGAUAAGGAAAUCCAGGCAUUAGAAGAAUUUAGAGAAAAAAAUCAGAGGCUACAAAAGCUAUGGGUUGGAAGACUACUUCUCUACUCAUCAGUUCUUUAUCUUAUUACUUGUUUAAUUGUGUAUUUGUGGUAUCUCCCUGAUGAAUGGACUGCAAGGCUGAUUAUGAUGCUUCCAUUUUUUGCAUUUCCAUUGAUAAUCUGGUUUAUAAGAACAGUCCUCAUUUUCUUCUUUUCCAAAAGAACAGAAAGAAAUAGUGAAGCAUUAGAAGAGCUAAAAUCCCAAAAGAAAAAAAUACUUGAAGAAGUAAUGGAAAAGGAAACUUAUAAGACUGCUAAAUUAAUUCUUGAAAGGUUUGAUCCAGAAUCUAAGAAGGCAAAGGAGGUUGAACUACCAUCUGCUGGAGCAUCUGCAACUCCAAGACCUGGACAAGAAAUUCGUCAGCGGACCCCAGCUCAAAGAAAUGUCUCUGCAACCACUCCAGUAAGCCCUAAACAGGGAUCUCCAAAAGCUCCAAGUCCACUAGCAGCAUCUCCUGGUCUGCAAAAGGAUGCUUCAGCUCCUGGUGGACCCCCAGAAAGAACCAUUGCAUCAGCCUUGCAGUCAAAUGUGUUACCAAGACGUCCUGGAUCCCCUGCUACUUCAAUGCCUGGAAUGGGCCUCCAUCCACCAGGCCCUCCUUUAGCAAGACCUAUUCUUCCUCGAGAAAGGGGAGCUUUGGAUAGAGUUGUUGAAUACUUAGUUGGUGAUGGUCCGCAGAACAGGUAUGCCCUUAUAUGUCAACAGUGUUUUUCUCAUAAUGGUAUGGCUCUGAAGGAGGAGUUUGAAUACAUUGCAUUUAGGUGUGCAUACUGCUUUUUCCUGAAUCCUGCAAGAAAAACUAGACCACAAGCUCCACGACUCCCAGACUUCAGUUGUGAAAAGAGGCAGCCAACAGAAUUGCAGACUACGGUUGGACCUUUGCAUUCUGGAGGGGUAAAACUACAAGAGAAUCCACCAAAGGAAGAACCCAUAGAACAAGUUACACGUAUUAUUGAGGCAGACAAGAUAGAUGGUGAGGCAUCGAGUACUGAGCAGCAAGGGGUUGAAUUAUCUGAAGAGGGUAUUAAAGAAGAAACAACAAAUGAAAAUGAACCUUCAGUUACAAAAAUCGAUUCUGCUGUUCCAACUGAACAAAGUGAUGAGUCUGUCCUGGAAGCAGAAUAAGUACUUCAAGUGCCUUCUGUAGCUAGUUCUUUUAGCUUUGUUCAUGUAAGUUGUUACUCUUCAGGUGCGCUUUUCGAAAAUGGUAUAAUUUAAAAUCUCUCUUGAGCUCAGACUGCCUUACACCACAGUACAUCGAAACUAUGUGCACUACUGGAUAUUGAAAAUUAAGCAUGUAUUCUUUCAGUGAGCUAAUGCACUGCAGAAUGUGCAGCUGGUUGAAGUCUAACACAUCACAGGUCGCUUUAGUUUAGUUUUGUAUAUUUGAAAACUAAAAUUUAUCUACAGGUUUAUUUUCCAUAAACUUAACCAAAUGCAUACUAAGUUUUAGGUUAUUGAACAUAAGCUGCAGUAAUUUGGCAACUUGUCUAGUGGAGUUUUGGUUUUGUGAACUUUUAGGAUUUUUUUUAAUGUUUACCCAUUAAAAUGGAUUGAGUGACUUUUAAAUAUCUAGAUGUUUACAUGCUAAAAUGUCUUUAGGCAUUCAGCUUAAGCAGUAUGGAAGUGUCGUCAUAACUGUAACAGCUUAGUCAUUGUCUUAACUUUUUUGACAGAAUGCAGUUAAACAGCACUAAGUUGUAUGGUAACUCCUUUGGCAUGACCUAUGUUGCAGAUGGGCCAAAGGCACAUGAUAUACAAGAUCAUUUUGUGUUUACAUAAAGUAUAGGAAAUCUCUGCACUUGAUUGUACUUGAAUACUGAGCGUUAUUUAUACCUGUAUAAUAAUAACAAUAUAUAAGUGAAUGUUGUGCCUUUGUGUAUUUUGUUCAAGGAAAAUAAAGACUAUCUAGCAGCAA